AUGCCUGGCCGUUCUCUUUCAGGAAGACCUGAAUUGCAGAUGGCCAUGGAAUCCGAGUGCACUAUCAGAGUGGACACAAGUGUACGCAUACGUCCUUUGCUCAAAGCUGAGUUGAAUGAAAAAACCUGCUUGGAUGUCGCAGAUGAUUCAACUGUGCAGGUGAACUCUAAGUCCUUCAGGGUUACAAAAGUCUUUGACGAUAGUUCUACACAAGAGGAUGUAUUCUCCUGGAGCAAAUACAUUGUCCAAGAUUUUGUUAAAGAAAAAAAACAAGGAAUUGUUCUUGCUUAUGGUCAGACUGGUACAGGCAAGACAUACACCCUCGGCACUGACCCACAAAUUUCUGAGAAGGGGCUGAUUAGGCUGGCCAUUGAUGAACUUUUCAACCUUAUUAAGGAACCAAAGAAUCCACAUCCAACAGUCAAGGUUGCUUUUCUGGAUAUUUACCUUGAAGAAGUCCGUGAUCUGUUGGCAACUGGAAACAGCUGUAGAGUUCGGGAAUCUGAGAGCAAGGUAUUCCAUGUGGAAGGGCUUAAGGAAAUAGAGGUAUUCCAAGCCAGAGAUGCAGUUGAGUUGCUUUACAAAGGGUGCAGGCAGAGGAGCUUCAGGGCCACCAACAAAAAUGCUGCUUCCUCUCGCUCCCAUGCUAUUUUCACUCUAAUCAUGGAGAAUCCGAAUGGAGAGAGAAUUCAACUGUGGUUUGUGGACUUGGCUGGGUCAGAGGAUGUUGGGCGAUCUGAGGUAUCCUCAUGCAGUAAGCAGUGGAAAGAGGGUGUGAAAAUCAACAACAGCCUUAGUACCCUCAGACGGGUCAUUCAUGCCCUCCAUCACAAGUCCCACAUCCCUUACAGGGACUCUAUACUCACCAAGAUUCUGUAUGGCUCAUUAAAACACAGCUGCAACAUCCAACUGAUAGCCUCUGUGAGUCCCUGCAGCUCAAGUGUCACAGAAACAUUGUCCACAUUGCACUUUGCCAUAGAGAUGAAAGGCAUUCCUCCAAUUGCCAUCUCCUUUCCUACUCAUUCAACCAGAAACUGGGAAAGGAAGAGAAAGCUUGGAGAAGAAAUCCCAACUCCAGUGAAUAUGGUAAAACGCACAAGAGGCCCUGCAUUCACACCAGCUGUGAGGACCCCAGUGCCCUUCACUCCACUCACCAACACUAUGUGUACUCCACAAACCCUGUUGCUGGAGAGGAGGUGGAGGCAGAAUGUCACUGUCCCAAGGGCCCAGUUAAGUUCCACAAUGGCUUCCCAGGCUUUUGCUGAGAUUUCAGGCCUAUCAAUCAGCUCCAUUCCUGAAGAGGAUGAUUCCAUCUCAUCCUCAGCUCAUGCUGUUCCCAGCCAAUUGAACCCCAAUGUCAUCAGCCCAUUUGUGGCCAGACUAAUUCCCUAUGUGAGGAAUAUGGUGGAGGAGUCUAUGAAGGAGCCAAAAGAAAUGUUGACCAACCUCAACUCAACAUUAAGGUCCUGGAUGACUCAAACUUCAACUGCCAUCCGUCCAAGGGGUCCCAGGGCAUCUGAAUCAUCAGACUCAGAGACAGAACCAGAGAGCACUAUCCUGGGGACAGUGAUAAGACAAAGAACAAGGAAAUCAGCUCAGAUGAUGCCCAGUCCAGAUGCAUCUCCCAUCCUCCCACAUGGAAGCAAAUUGCCUCUGAGUACUCUGUUUGAAGUGGAAGAUGUCAGGAACAAGGAGCAACUGCUGGCCACAUACACAUGGAAGAUGAAAACAUUCGAGAGGAGUCUCCUCCAGGAACUCAAGCUGUCUAAGACUCCUGUUUUUGAGACCCCACCUUCUAUUCAUAGGAAUGCAUCACAUGUGCUAGCCGGCAGAGUGCAUAAGGAGCCUUCUGGGAUGUCAACUGUGCGACGCAGUCAAAGGAUCCUUGGGAAAUCCAUAUGUCAGCCCUUGCCUGAGAGCAUCACAUGCUUCCCUGGUUUCAAUCAAAUCCAGAGGCAGCUGAAUGACAAUGGUUGGAUCCAUGAUGAAGCCAAAGGAGAGAUUCUUGGGAUCAUUAACAAUGGAAACAUUGAGGAACUGAAAGAUCUCCCCCAAGUUGGCAACAAGAGGGCUGCUCAGAUCAUUGAGCUAAGGUAA